AUCUUUUAACAAGGCUAGAAACAUGAUAAAAUAUUUGGGUCUUCAUUAUGAAAAAUAGAUGCAUGCCCUAACGAUUGCAUGUUAUUUUGGAAAGAAAAUGAGAAGGCCGAUAAUUUCUCUAUUUGUGGGUCUUCAAGAUGGAAGAAUGCUGGUCCUUUGACUAAUGCAAGCUCUAAAAUCCCAGUAAAGAUUUUAAGGUACUUUCUUUUAAAGCCUAGGCUUCAGAGGAUAUUCAUGUGUCCUGAAACGGCUGCUACGAUGAGAUGGCAUGCUAAUGAACGACUCCAUGAUGGGAAUAUAAGACAUCUUGCUGAUGGGGAAGCUUGGAAGGAUUUUGAUUCUUUGCACCCAGAUUUCUCUAGCGAUCCUCGUAAUGUUAGAUUGGAUCUUUCAAGUGAUGGUUUCAACCCGUUUCGGACGAUGAGCAUUUCUCAUAGCACGUGGCCUGUUAUGUUAAUGAACUAUAAUUUAUCACUAUGGAUUUGCAUGAAGCCAGAGUAUAUAAUGUUGUCUAUGAUCAUUCCAGGUCCAUCGUCUCCGGAAAAUGAUAUAGAUGUGUACCUACGACCAUUAAUUAAAGAAUUGAAGGAACUAUAGGAAACGGGGAUAGACACAUUUGAUGUUGUAACCUACCAAACUUUUUGAAUGCGUGCUGCCUUAUUGUGGACAGUUAGUGAUUUUCCAGCAUUAGCUAUGCUUUCAGGAUGGAGCACUAAGGGGAAAUUGGCAUGCCCCACUUGCAAUUAUGAAACAUGCUCUCAAUAUCUCAAACAUAGUCACAAGAUGUGUUACUUGGGUCAUCGAAGAUUUUUGCCUCUUUAUCAUCCAUUCCGAAGAGAUAAGAAGUCAUUUGACGGUAAAGAGGAGCAUAGACUUGUACCUGCUCCUUUGUCGGGUGAGGAAGUGUUUGAAGAGCUGAUUGAAUUCAACAAUAUCUUUGGAAAGGGAACUAAAAAAGGCCUCAAAGUGCUAAGGGUCCGUGGAAAAAGAGAUCCAUUUUUUUUGAAUUACCAUAUUGGGUGCAUAACAAAUUGAGGCACAAUCUUGAUGUGAUGCACAUUGAGAAAAACAUAUGUGAUAGUUUGCUCUGGACUUUAUUGGAAAUAGAUGGAAAGUCAAAGGACCAUGAAAAUUCUCGCUAUGACGUGCAAGAAAUGGGGAUACGAAAGGAGCUACAACCAAAAACAAAUAAUGAUGGAACUAUAAGUUUGGCUAAAUCAUGUUUCUAUAUGAAACCAAACGAGAAAAGUUUGUUUUGUACUGUCAUGAAAAAUGCUAAAUUACCAAAAGGGUGUGCUUCGAAUAUUUCAGAACGUGUGCAUGUGAAGGAGAUCAAAAUAUCAGGGUACAAGAGUCAUGACGCUCAUUUUAUGAUGCAUUACUUGCUCCAGGUUGCUGUUAGAAAAGUGUAGCCCAAGAAUGUUUCAUUGGCCUUAAAAAGGUUGGGAAAUUUCAUUACAGCUAUAUGUAGUAAGGUCAUAAGGAAAAGAGAUCUUGAAAAAAUGCAGUCUGAAAUUGUUGAAAUAACAUGUGAGCUUGAAAAAAUUUUCCAUCCAAACAUUUUUUGACAUAAUGACACAUUUGCCUGUUCAUUUGGUGAAUGAAAUUAAGCUUGGGGAUACGGCUCAUCUUCAUUGGAUGUAUCCCAUUGAGAGAAGCCUAUGUAAGUACAAGGCGUUUGUACGCAAUCGAUCUUGUCCAGAAGCGUCAAUAGCAGAGGGGUUUUUGGCUGAUGAGUGCUUGACUUUUUGUUCGAGAUACCUACAUGAUGGCGUGAAGACAAAAUUCACUAGGGAACAUAAGAAUUUAAUUGUUAAUCACAGUAGAUCAAAUGCAUGGGAAAGAGCGAGGAAUCAUAGUCAGGAAUUCAGUAAUUGGUUUAAAGAGAAAGUUGAAAAUAUUGUAGUGCCGGAAUAUUUACGAUGGCUAGCCAAAGGACCCAAUAUGGUGGCCAAAAGAUAUACUUCAUAUUUUAUUAAUGGAUACCGAUUUCAUACCAAAGAACGAGAUUCCCGAUGCAAGACUCAAAAUAGUGGAGUGAGUUUAUCGGCAACAACUGAUAGUUUUGCUAGUGCUAGGGGACCAAAAUCCCGUCGAUGGAAAAAUAUGACAUUCCUGAAGACGCGAAGAAUUGGAUUUUUGAUUCAGUUUGUACUGCUUGGAGAAAGUAUAAAAGUCAGUUGAA